GAACAAUAAUAAUUGUCUCACUGUUUCCAAGACAGUUAUAAAUGUAUGUAUUAUGUAUAUUUAACAUUAAAAUAUUAUCAUCUAUUACGAUCUAAGAAACUAUUUUUGUAUACUAAUAUAUUAAUUAAAUACAGUGAGUAUAAGAGUCUCAGAAUUGCUUAAAGAAGAACUAAUAACCGUGGCUCAUAAAUUUAGACCAGGAGUUUUUCAAUAAUUGAAAAUGUUAAUACAAAACUGAAAUUGUAUUUAAUUACAAAACGUGAAAUGAAACUAUGUGUAUUUUCCUUUGUCACUGAAAAAAAAUAUUGAAUAAUACAAUUUUUACAAACUUCUAAAUGAAAUGUAUGGAAUACAACAAUCCAUCUACAUAUGGAUUUUAAACAGUUGAGAAUUUUAUCAAAGAAAUAAGAUUAUAAUACAAGUAUUUCUAUACGCAGAUUUUUUUAUUGCAUUUCCGUAUUAAAUUUAUGUGAUCGAGGUUACAACACUUUUAGCAAUAAAAUGUUUAUAAAUUUUCGUAACUACAAGUUUCCAAGAGUCAAUGAAGAUAAGUGCGUCAUUGUUUAUUUAUAAGUCAGAAUAAUGGGCGGAAUAAAUAAACAAGUAAAUAUAUUAUAUUUUUUUUGUUCAUUCGCAUUAAUAACAAAAGGCGUAUCAUUAAACAAACCAACAGCUGUUGGAGAUCAAGGUGACACCGACGGGGAACUGUAUGUUAAAAGAAUUAUUAAUGGAGAGAAGAUAUCAGACAAACCCAGUUAUUUGCUUUUCACCGCACCCUAUAGACUAUGUAAAGGUGGCUGUAAUACCACAGACAACUUUGUUUUUGCAUUUCCCUUACAUAUUGGAAAAAAGGGAAAGGAAACUUACCGGAAUUUAUACAGCAAGGACUUUAAAAGUAUUCAUUCUACAAAACUAAAUGCACCAUUUCGUAAGAAAACAACAAGAGAACCUAUUACUCCUUGUCCGACAUUAAAAAUUGAAGUAACUAAUACUAUCUCACCGGUACUAAUACCAGAAUAUGCGAGUAUAACAACUACCCCGAAAAUAGAUGUUGAUGAUAAUGUCACUACUGAUUUUAUAAAAAACUUUACAAAACAGAAAAGAGAAAGAAGUUUCGAAAAUACUAGAAGUAUAACUAAUACAAAAAUAGAUAUUGGUUUGACUACUAUUACAUAUUCAGUAACAACUACUAUGAAACCCACUACAGAGAAUGGUUUACAAAAUUCUACAACUGUAACGAUUGCUACAGAAACAAAAUUCGACACGAAUGCUACCACUAAUUUUGUGACAAAUAAUACUAAUCAUACUAAUUAUAAUUUUGACAGUACUAAGUGUCCAAAAGUAUCUCCAAGAAUUUGUAACAAAAGAAAAAAACUAAAUAAAUUUACACCAGAUUAUGAUGAUGUGGUGACUGGUGAAGAUUACAAAGUAUCUGAUGUUAAUGAAAUUUUAAAGGAAAAUGAAGAUUAUCUGAAUUCAUAUGAAUUAUCUACAAUAGAUUACUAUUAAAUUAUUUGUCAAAAAUUUAUUUAAUAAUCUUUCGCUAAAAAAUAUAAAGCUAAACUGUACAACAGUUUCGUUUUUACAAAGACAGAAAUAGAACCCUUGUAAAUUUAUUAUUCAGUACUGAAAAUAUAUUUUUUACCUACAAAGUUAAUAAAGUAUC